GCACAAAAUGUCAUCAGAUGAGGAUAAAUGCUCACUUCCAGUUAUACAAAACAACUCUGACCAAAACGAUUCCAUCUCUUCAGAUCUUCAGGAAGAAUAUGAAGAGCUGCUUCGCUAUACUAUGAUGACUCAAAAUAAUGAAUCGAGUGCUUCACAUCAAGUGCCAUCUCACUCUAAGGGAGAAGCGGUGCCAGAUGUUCGAAUUCCUGUUAUAAUUGAUGAUAUUCUUCAUAAUCAAGCAGGAAGUAGUCCUGGAGUAAGAGAAAUAAGGUCAGAAGUUGGAAAAGGAUGUGAUUUAAAUACCCCAGUUCAUUCAAAGGCAGAUGGGUUAUCACCACUAUCUUCACCAAGGAAACCUCCUUAUCCAUUUAUGGAUUUUUUCAGUUCAAAUUUUUUAGCUGACUCGUCCUCCCCGAGAUCUAAUUCUACCCAUCCAGAUGUCCAGGAAGCCAUCAUGAGUGAUUUUCUUGUCUCUCCUGAAAGCCUCCAGAAAGUAGAAAACCUCCUUGAUUUUUGGAGCUCGGGGAUUAAGAAAAACAUCUUAUCAGAGCUAACUAAAUGGAGACUUAAUUUUAUUGACUGGCAUCGAAUAGAAAUGAAAAAAGAGCAGGAGCGACAUGCAGCAGAUUUGAAACAACUACGCAGCCAGAUCAAUGGCUUACAGGAGCUACAAAAGGCCUAUGAGGUCUCCAUUGGGAGAAAAGAUGAGGUGAUUUCUAGCUUGUCUCAUGCCAUAGGCAAGCAAAAGGAAAGAAUAGAGUUGAUGAGAACUUUCUUCCACUGGCGAAUUAAUCAUGUCAGAAACAGACAGGAAGCUUAUGAAGAUAAACUAGCUGACCAGUAUUUCCAGAGAAAAUUGCUAAAGAAGACCUGGAAAGGCUGGCAUUCUGUGGUGCAGCGGCAGUGGAAAGAAGUUGUGGAACGAGCAUGUCAAGCAAGAGCUGAAGAAGUUUGUGUCCACAUUUCUAAUGAUUAUGAAGUCAAAGUUGCUAUGUUGUCUGGGGCCUUGGAAAAUGCAAAAGUUGAGAUCCAGAGAAUGCAGCAUGAAAAAGAGCAUUUUGAAGACUCCAUGAAGAAAGCUUUCAUGAGAGGUGUAUGUGCAUUAAAUCUUGAGGCCAUGACUAUGUUUCAAAACAGAAAUGAAGAUUUGACAAAUGUUAAAAAGGAUGAACAUGGUUCUGGUAUUCAAGGAAAAGAACAUUCUGUUCAUUUGGAUCCUCCAGCCCCUUCCGCACCCUCAUGCAGCACACGGGCUCCCACACCCCCAGCAGCUGCUACAGGAGUGUCCAGCUCCACUAUCUUUCCCUCUGUGGCUUCUGUUGCCACUUCUGGGGCUGCUUCUGCUUCUGUCAUCCACUUUCCCGGGUCUUCUCAUCAUGGUGCUGGAUCUUCAGUUGCUGCAGCAUCGGAAGAAAUGCAUGUUCCCAGAGUUGUAACAUCUGCACAACAGAAAGCAGGAAGAACAAUUACAGCCCGAAUCACAGGGAGAUGUGAUUUUGCUUCAAAAAACAGAAUUACCAGCGGUUUGGCUAUUAUGGGAGUUUCUCCUCCUAUGAGUUCAGUUGUUGUGGAGAAACAUCAUCCUGUCACAGUGCAAACCAUUCCUCAAGCCACUGCAGCAAAAUAUCCCCGGACCAUUCAUCCUGAAACUAAUGCUGCAGCAUCCAGAUCUCUGGGAGCCAGAUCAACUCACACCCAGUCUCUCUCAAGCAUUCAUUCCAUAAAAGUGGUUGAUUAAUACAAA